AUGAAGUGGUGCAGGUCUCUAAACACCUAUGGAAUAUUGACUUUGCUGAGCUUCCGAGCUCUAAGUACCGGUUUAAGUAUCAAUAUCGUGCCAGCGCCAGGGUCAUGUAGGAACGAUAUCGGUUCCGCUGCUGGGUGCAACCCUAUUGCAAUCGAGCCGGAUCCCACCCUUUCCUCGCUUCAGAAACGGGAUGACGACGAUUUGAGCAACCCCGAUGAGCUUGAUCAUUAUCAAACUUCUUUAGCUCAAUUUGAUGCGUCAUGUAGACGGGGUGUUAUACGAUUUCAACAAUACCAAGAGCGCCAGGAAUCAGACGGUAGUGAUAACCCGAAUCCGCAAGUUGAGGUCCAGUCACGCUACACCGUAGCCUCGACUGCGAGUUAUUCAUCUUGCCCAAGCUCCAUCCGGCGCUUUUAUGGGCUUCUUGCCGUGGAGGGUCCCGAAGAAGCUAUGGGGCCUUCGUAUCAAGAGUUUAAGUAUGCUUCGCGUGAUCUGUCGGAUGUGGGUGCGAGCGCUGUCAUACGGGCCUCGGUACUUGAAAAUCAUGUCAUCGUCAAUUGGAAAGGUCCAAAAGGUGGAUGGAUGAGUAGGACUAAAGGAUAUGAUGAAUUUGAAGAUGAAUAUCAUAAACUUUUAUUUUUAUCGUGGACGGUGAUGAGAUCCAAGGCUAUGGUCGCCGAUGGAAACAAGAACUUAGAAGACCCAAACUACCAGCUUUUUUGGGUCACUAUAAUUAAAAUUCAAAAUCCUGAUACGAUUAGAAUCUUUGCGGAGAUUCUAAGAAGGAGAAAUUUGGUUUUCGACGACCUGUUUGAGAUAUAUGCACCCGAAGCCGCUGACGAUAUCGAUUUUGUCGUUUGGACCGCUCUUCUUGGGACACCCGAAAUUGGCGCAGUGCAAGAAAUGCUCACCGGGUGGGCAUACCAACUUAAAGGAUUCGAAAUUCAUGCCAUCCAUUUCGGCUUAGAAGAGGUGGCCUCAAGUACGGAGCUUCAAGCAAAGGUCUCGGUGUCGAUUGGGCCUGCGGCUGCACAACCAAACCCCGACAGCUCUGAAGCUACUGAUAUCAUGUUCCCUGUUUUGGCUGUCCUUAAGGAUUCAUCGACGACUUUGAGAACUUACCCAGGGGAAGUGAUAUUUCGGGAAUCGUCUUCUUGGGUAGUCCGUCCAGAGCACAUUGAAAUCACCCAAAAUGAUGAAAAUCCAGCGUCUGGAAAAAAGGGAGCUAAGAUAUUCGACAAUCCUUCAUUCAAAGGAUUGACAUUUGAGUUAUUCUCUGAGGAGCGUUUUCUUAUCGGAAAAGUAGAAGCAUAUGUAUCUGGACCCGAGCAGCAUCUCGUCAUAGAUUCAGAGCUACCCAAUAUUAGUUCGCAAAACACUCGAGAUGUUUUGUAUCAAAUGUGGGAUACAGGCAUUGGAUCAAAUUCCUGUUUGUCAUAUAUUACCUUUUUGCGACUUGCCCCGAAAACUAUGGAGGUGGUACGGGAGAUAUUUGGGAUGAAGAAGGUUAAUCCUACAGAUGGCGGUGUCUUAACUAUCUGGCCUUCUAAAAAGCUUUGGGAGGAAGCCCAUAUGAGUUCACUAGAUCAAGAUGAAGUAUGGCUGGAUGAAAAGAUCGAUGCAAAAGUUAUAAAAGAGCUACUGCCCCUGACAUUUGAGUACUCCGCCGUAAAGAGUCUUUUGGCGCACAGAAUAAUGUGGUGGCAACUUGGCCGACCAAUUAUCCAAAAUAUUAAAAUAGGAUACCAGAAACGAGGGUCUGAUUCGGAUGAUGAAGGGAGAUUUUCGAUACUCAUUCAGUUGGCCGACUCCAUAGACAGAGUUGGCAUUGGGUCAAUAACGUAUGAACAACAAGGGUGUAGGGCGACAAGCCAAGGUUUUAACAAUAUGGGGGGGGUAUUGAGAGUUAAUUCAAAGUCCGCUGUCAAUGCCAUCAUUACAAUGGAGGGGGGAUAUGCCGGGGACGGCAUCGAAGUCACAGCCGAAGGUAGAGAAGAAAUAGAGGCCUUGUACUCUAAAGGCAUGAGGUCAAUUCGGGAUGUGGCAAACGCUAUCGCUGAUGACAGAAUGAAGGCAUAUAACGCAUCUAUCCUUCAAGAGCUUCAAAGAUCAAACAAGAUUGAUUUCCAGUCGAAUGGGCAACCCAGAAAACGGCUGAAUCCAACGGAAUCUCAGAUUUUAGUACGUUCGUACACUCGAAUAGCCGAACUUCCCCAGAGAUUUGUUUCCGUGGCUAGCGACUCUCACAGCCAGUAUGAUGAAGUGACAGCGAAAGUUGGGAGUACAAACAAGCGGGCUAUGGCUAGCUACCCUUACGAAAUUCUUCGGUCAACGCCUAUUGGCCACUUGGCUGUGACCCGACUACCCGAAGAAAACGGUGCUGGAGAGAUACCAGAGCUACCUCACAUCCUCUUUCUGAGCUGGUCGUUGGCUAGCAAGUAUAUAAUCAGUCGAGAUGCAGAUCUAGAUGCUGCUAUUCAGAAAGACCCUCUCCGUUAUAUCUCUAUUUUGAAGCUCAGCACGCGAUCAAAAAAUGUUAUACAAGAGACUUUGAAUUACUAUGGGAUAACAGUUAACAUAGAUUUAAACAUUCGUCUUUCGACGCGAGCCCUCCUUCCAUCUAAAAAAUCGCUUACAACUCGAUUGGGACAGGCUGGCAGGCUUGUUGGGAUUUUGGGCGUCGUACUAGGUAUCCCCGAGGUGUUUGCGAUACAAGAAAUGAUCCGGUUGUAUCAUGGCUUCCUUUUAUUGGCUACUAGCGUCAUUGAAGAGAUUUAUAUUACCUGGAAAGAUGAUAACUUCCAGAUUUUUGUGGUUUUGGGAAGUGUUGGCAAGAUAAUUCGCCGCAUUUUGUCCUGA